GCCGCCCGUGCCGGAUAUAAGCGGGCCUCACGGCGGGCGUGGGCCGGUGUCUCUGCGGCGCUGCGGGCGCCGUCGUUUCGCCGAGUCGCUGCGAUGUCCGGCCGCGGGAAGCAGGGCGGGAAGGCGCGGGCCAAGGCCAAGUCGCGCUCGUCGCGGGCCGGGCUGCAGUUCCCCGUGGGCCGCGUGCACCGGCUGCUGCGCAAGGGCAACUACGCGGAGCGGGUGGGCGCCGGCGCCCCGGUGUACCUGGCGGCCGUGCUGGAGUACCUGACGGCCGAGAUCCUGGAGCUGGCGGGCAACGCGGCCCGCGACAACAAGAAGACGCGCAUCAUCCCCCGCCACCUGCAGCUCGCCAUCCGCAACGACGAGGAGCUCAACAAGCUGCUGGGCAAGGUGACCAUCGCGCAGGGCGGCGUGCUGCCCAACAUCCAGGCCGUGCUGCUGCCCAAGAAGACCGACAGCCACAAGGCUAAAGCCAAGUGAACACAUCUAAGAUCAAUCAAGAAGCAAAGGAGGUCAGAACUGGCUCUUUUCAGAGCCCCCACAAUGCUCGUGAAGGGUUGAGUCAAUUUUGCUGCUUUUACUUUUUCUAGGGAAUGCAGGUGGAAACAUGUAAGCUGUGCUUUUCUUGGUGUUUGCCUUAAGUGUGUGUUCUUUGUUCCUGCCUGCCUUUUGCAGUGGUUUGUUUUUUC